GGGAAUCUGAAGUCGAUGGAUAAGCCAAUGAUCAUACAACAGGAUCAUUUUCCAACCAGAGGAAGCAAGAGCGGCGAGCCAAGCAUGGACGGCGGCGGCGCGGUCGAGGUGCGGCACUGGAACGCGGACGUCAACGGCGUCUCCAUCCACGUCGCCGAGCAGGGGCCCGCGGAUGGGACGGUGGUGCUCCUCCUCCAUGGCUUCCCGGAGCUCUGGCUCUCCUGGCGCCACCAGAUGGCCGCGCUCGCCGCCCGCGGCUUCCGCGCCGUCGCCCCCGACCUCCGCGGCUACGGCGACUCCUCCGUCCCCGCCGACCCCGCCGCCUACUCCAUCUAGGUGUUCGUGGUUGGGCACGACUGGGGCGCGCAGGUGGCGUGGCACCUCUGCCUGUUCCGGUCGGACCGGGUGCGCGCCGUCGUCACCAUCGGGAUUCCCUUCUUCCCCCGCAGCCCUCGCUCGAUUUCUGAGACGUUCGCGGAUCUCGGUGAUGGCUUCUACAUCACGCAGUUCCAGGAGCCUGGAAGAGCUGAAAGGGCAUUUGCUCGUUACGACGUUGCGACCGUGCUAAAGAAGUUCUACUCCAUUGAAUUCGACAACCUCACUGCUCCUCCUGGAGUAGAGAUCAUCGACUUCCUCGAGGCACCUUCCUCGCCACUCCCCUGGAUCACCGAGGAAGAGCUGAGCCAGUAUGCCGAAAAGUUUCAGAAGUCUGGGUUCACAGGGCCCCUCAACUACUACCGCAUGAUGGACAUGAACUGGAGGCUUACUGCACCAUGGAGCGGUGCGAAAAUUACUGUGCCUGCCAAGUUCAUCGCCGGCGAUAAGGACAUCGGUGCCAAGUCCUUUGGAAUUGAGCAGUACAUCAAGAGUGGGGGGUUGAAGUCCAAUGUUCCAGAUCUUGAUGUUGCCAUCAUCGACGGUCACCAUUUCCUGCAGCAAGAGCAGGCCGAGAGAGUGAACUCUGAGAUACUUUCCUACCUGAACAAGUUUGCCAGCGAGUAGAGAGGCUAGAGGCUUCAUCAGCAUGAUGUUACUCUGCAGUCGUGUCGUGUAUGGGAAAACCAACAAAUCUUUGGGAGACUGUUAGCCAGUUUUUCCUGAACUGAAACGUAGAAUAACUGAAUAAAGCCCCGUUUGGUUACUUUGACUUA